AGGAGAAAGUGAAGAUUGUCACCAACACUAAGAAAUGGAUCUAAGCAUUAUUGCACUUUUUUUGGUUUUGGCUCUGGUACCUAUAAUACAGACUAAUUCCUUGCACGAUGACACCAUUGAAGCUCCCCGGAUUAGGAUGAAACCCCAGUUUAAAGGAAUAAAAACAAGAAUUAUAUCCAGAUCAAAAUCACCAAGAUUCAGCGAAAUCCACGACAAACACAGCCACCAUGUCCUUCGAGAUCAGCCAAAGUCAUCUGCCUCAAGGAGCACCAAAAGAUUACUUCCAAAUGAUUAUAAAGUUAACAGACGCCGAUUCCGUACAUCUUCAAGAAAUAACAGACAACGUACAAGUACUAAAAUAACGGACUAUUUAUCCGCAAACAACCAAAUUGUACAACCUUUAGAUCUCCAUGGUAUUCCAACACAAUAUAAAAGUUUAUCCAGCAGAUCUAAGGGAUAUCGUGAAAAGUAUGAAAAGCCUAAAACAUAUGAGGGCAAUUCGUUAAAGUAUACAAGUUUGCAAAAUGACGAAGUACGCAGUCAUUCUAAACGCGGAGUUAUUAUCGGUGGGCCAUUAGGAUCUAAAGGUGAAGAUUACAUUUCUCAGCCUAAAAUCAUCAGUCGAGUUUACAAACCGGGUAGUAAUGAACCUAUUGUUACCUGGGUCGUAGGUAAACCAACUAAUGUGAAUGAUUACAAACCACCUAUAAUUCUAGAGGCUGCUAUACCUGGUGCUAAUUUGCCAUAAUCAAUCAUAAUAACUUUCAUAUUAUAUUAUUCAUAUUUUUUACGUGUUCUGGGGCUGUUUCAAUACACUACCGAACUGACAUUUUAUGUGCAAGGAUGUGUUUCUUACAGUAAAUCUUGUGCUUUUUCUGCUCCUAUACCUGACUCACCAAUAUUGGAUUGCUAUGGCAUGUUAUAAAUGUAUUUGGACUUUAAUAAUAAGCAGAUUCUCUAUCCAUAUCAUUGCCUUAACAUGAUGUUAGCCACUAACCUUUGGGCUGCAUAAUUUAUACAGAAGUAAUAAAGCAAUCAUAACAUACUAAGCAAUAUUAUUGACGACAAGUUGGAUUAAAUAAAGAAUUUCACUUUCUUUUAUUUGUUACAUGUGAAUAAUGCAUUUAAUGGGAAUAGAAGAUAAUCUUCUUUCAAGUGUCUUGUGUGUUAGAUACCUUCCAUUUGUUUAAAGAAUACGUAUAACGCUUUCCAACAUAAUAGUCAUAGAAAUGCAAAGAACUUUCCAUAGUUACGUCCCUUUGAUUGAUCUAUUCAGGUUCCUUAGCGUUGGGCUAAUAAUAAUGAGAAGGAUAAAUAUGUAUAUAUUAAGCAAGUGCGGUACCUAGUUGAUACUUGUGGGUCGGAUUAUCUUUAGAAUUGUUACAUGAACUGACACUGGUAAAACUCUAUUUAGCUAUUUCCAUACAUAUGUAUAGUCGAGCAAAGAUACAAGUAUUUUAAAAUGAAAAUCGUGGUCGACAGUCCACUCCAUAAUAAAGGUAAAUUAAAGAGUAAUUGAAACCUUUCAAGCCAGAUAUACGUUGUUCUCAUUACUGACACUGUAUUAAAUAAUGUUUAUUUGUAUUAGAAAUUAUUUAUUUAUUAAAAUAUCUUUUAUCGAGUAUAUCUAUAUAGGUUACCUUCAAGAGAUCUUAACUCCAACAUGAAAACAUGCCAAAUUACAGUCAUUCAUAUUAACAUGGAAAUUAUGAUAAUGGACAUUAUAUAUACCAGUACUGAUAAAUGUAAUUUAUGUUUAAACAUGUCCAUAAAGUUACAUAGUUACUAACAUUAUGAUUUCUAUUCUUUUUUUAAUUCAUUUCUAUAAGAGUGGUGUCUCAGCUAUCAGUACGUAUUCUCUACUUACACUUUUUGUUUUCAUUUAUCUUUUGUGAUAGGCAUUUUCAUGUAAAGACAUGUUGAUCAUUAUAAAUACAUAAACAUUUGUUGAAUUUUUCGCAGACCAAAUUCCAGACUUUCUCAAUUCCGAUAUAUCGGAUAUUUGUAGAUGUCACCAAUUCACUAAGUUCAGAGCUUCAGAGAGUCAACCUGCUUCUUUGCUGCUCGUUCAUUAUUAAGGACACAUAUAUUCAUUUGGAAAAUCAUUGCUGUAUUCUGUAUUGUCUGUAUGUUAGACUUGGUACAUUCCAUGCCACAUAAGAGGUUUAACCAGCCAAAAUUUAAGGCAAUGAGAACCAACGUUGUGCGAAACAGAGAACAUACCCUAUUCCCCUUGCAUUUUCAAGCUGAUCGACGAUAUUAUGGUGGAACUAAGAGACCUGUUAAAAUUGAACAUUUUGUCAGACGACUGAAAUCAAGAAAACCAAGGUACUUCAAGCCCUUUACCUAUGUAAUGAAGCAUCAAAAUGAUCUGAAUAAUUUCGGAGUUUUAGAAAAAUACCGUACAUCAAGUCAGGUUAUCAACAGUCGGAGAAGAUAUGGCGGCAGAAGAUUCCUUCAAUCGUACAGGCGACCCAGCUAUCAUUAUCGUCGCCAUUUAAGAAGAGAAAUUCCUCGAACUCUAAACAGAGGGGUAAUAAUAGGUGGUCCUUUAAAUGCACCUGUUCUCAACCCUUACUUGUCCAAUAUUAGAAUUAUAAGUCGAGUGUACAAAGCUCAACAUCCUCGUAGAUUACUACCAGGUGCAGUUUUAGAUUAGUUCAAGCAUAUCUAUAAUAUAGUGAUUGUUCAGUAUUCGUGGAUAACUUGAAAAAAAGACUGAAAUUAUACUCUCAUCGCCAGUUUGUUUUCAUGUCUUUAGUUGCCUUUUCCAAUUGAAAAGGUUACAGAACUUAUUUAUAUUAAUUAUAAUGCUUAAUAAUUAUAUUAGUAUUAUUCCGCCCU